AUGAUUACGCUGAUUGUGAACGAGGAGGUCGCGCACCUCUUCGACGCCUCCGAUUCGGGAAUCGCUGUUCUCUUGGUAACUUUCCACGUCGGUGCCUACGGGCUCAAUUUGCAUCAUAAUUGCAGCCGUGUCGUGGUCGCUGAAACGCCUCGCAAUAUGAAUACAUUAUGGCAGGCCGCCGGACGUGUCCAUCGAUUGGGCCAGCGACACGAGCAGAACGUCUGGACUCUGAGGCAAGCACUAUCCAUCGAGAGAUACCUAGACUGGAAUAAUACUCGCAAAGCCAUCCCACAGAUCGCAGCGAUGAACAUGGCGCUCAAUCUCCAAGAUAACAAUACGAUCCUAGCAAGGCAACUCCUGGAGCUAUUCAAAGAGGAAAUUGAAGUAACACCAGCAGUUCGAAUGUCAUUACGCGUCGGAGAAGAAAAAAAGGCAAUUACGCACUACGGGAACGGAUUUGUGGAAAAGAGGCAGACAAAACUGCAGCCUUUUGCCGACAGUGAUCUAAUUCCCCACGGAAUGCUUGUGUGGCGGACAUAUCGACUUCAAGAAUACCGGCUUGACGAAGUCCGAGGAGCGAUCAGGGAGAGUGGAUCAAACAUUAUGAGCAUCAACCCAAUCCUGUCUACUGCAGAACGUACGCCCUAUACCAUCCGCGACUGA